ACAUUUCACCUUUUUCCAUCCACAUUUUCUAUAAAUAUCCUCAUAUUAUUUCACACACCCAACUCAAACUACAUUAUUAUCCAUCUCUUUUCCACUCUCUUACUUGUACUAGUCCUUAGUAAUACUCCACACUACAUUAUUACAAUAUGGCACAUUCCAUAGGUGGAACAAAAACAUCCUUGAUGUUUAACGUUACAAGGCGAGCCCCGGAGCUAAUCGCUCCGGCUAGGCCCACCCCAUAUGAGUUCAAGGAACUCUCGGAUAUUGAUGACCAAGACGGCCUCCGGUUCCAAAUUCCGGUAAUUCUAUUUUACCGGAAUGAGGAAAAACACUCUGGUCGGGACCCGGCCAGAGUGAUCAAGGAGGCCGUCGCAAAGGCCUUAGUGUUGUAUUACCCGUUUGCGGGGCGGCUUAGGGAGAAAGCCGGGAGGAAAUUGGUAGUAGAGUGUAAUGGAGAAGGGAUCAUGUUUAUUGAGGCUGAUGCUGAUGUUAGUCUUGAGGAUUUUGGUGAUGCACUUCAACCGCCUUUUCCUCGUUUGGAAGAGUUGGUUUUUGAUGUUCCUGGUUCUACUGAUGUCUUAGGUACUCCUUUGAUUCUCAUCCAGGUGACAAGACUCAAAUGUGGUGGGUUCAUAUUAGCACUAAGACUGAACCACACAAUGGCUGAUGCUCCGGGCCUAGUUCAAUUCAUGAAUGCAGUGGCUGAGCUCGCCCGUGGGGCCCAAUCCCCGUCAAUUAAGCCCGCAUGGGAGCGCCACCAUCUCUGCGCUCGUGAUCCACCACGAGCAACCUGUGAGCACCGCGAGUAUGAAGAGGUAGCCGACACUAAGGGUACCAUUAUUCCACUGGAUGAUAUGGUUCACAAGUCCUUUUUCUUUGGGCCCACGGAGAUAGCUGCUCUGAAGCGUUUCGUUCCACCACAUGUAAAAUCAUCAACAUUCGAAAUUCUCACUGCAUGUUUAUGGAGAUGCCGUACCAUCGCCCUACAACCCGACCCGGAAGAAAUCGUCCGAAUAAUGUGCAUAUUCAAUGCCCGACCCUUACUCAACCCACCUCUCCCCUCGGGUUACUACGGCAACGCGUUCGCGUUCCCGGUAGCCAUCUCCUCCGCAAGCAAACUGUCCAACAACCCAAUAGGGUACGCCUUAGAGCUUGUUAAAAAGACCAAGGCUGCAGUGUCACAUGAGUACAUGCAAUCACUUGCUGACCUUAUGGUCCUCAAGGGUAGGCCCCACUUCACCGUGGUCCGAACUUUUGUGGUUUCGGACGUUACAAGGGCUGGGUUUGCGGAUCUUGACUACGGGUGGGGCCUGCCCGCUUAUGGUGGACCCGCUAAAGGUGGGGUCGGGGCGAUACCCGGAGUUGCUAGUUUUUAUAUCCCAUUUAAAAAUGGGAAAGGAGAAAAGGGAAUUGUGAUACCACUUUGUUUGCCAAGUAAUGCUAUGGAGAUUUUUGUUAAGGAGUUAAACGGGUUGUUGAGUGGUAAUCCAGAGCAUCCGAUUGGUCGUUCCGGAUCAACCACUUUUAUUUCUUCUUCUUUGUGAGUGGUGGGUUCAAAUGUAGUGGUAUAACGAUUAUAAAUUAUGUACAAUACGUAUUCAUGUAGUUUGAUUUCUGCUAGUGUUCACUUUUUGUAAUAAAAUGUGUGGAAUUGUGGAAAGAAAUUUUGACUCAUAAAUAAAAAUAAAAUUGUGUGAA